AUGAACUCGUUCAAGAAGGAACACCCGUUCGAGAAGCGGCAAGCGGAGGCCCAGCGCAUCCGCUCCAAGUACCCCGACCGUAUCCCGGUCAUUUGCGAGAAGGCCGACCGCAGCGACAUUCCCGAUAUUGACAAGAAGAAGUACCUCGUGCCCGCGGACCUGACGGUCGGCCAGUUCGUGUACGUGAUCCGCAAGCGCAUCAAGCUCUCGCCCGAGAAGGCCAUCUUCAUCUUCAUCAACAACGUGCUGCCGCCGACGGCCGCGCUCAUGUCGAAUAUUUAUGAAGAGCAGAAGGACACGGACGGCUUUCUGUACAUUACGUACAGCGGUGAAAACACGUUUGGCGCCGACGACGACGACGAGAUGUAA